AUGGCCGCAGGAUUGAAAACAAUCAUUGCACUUUCUUUUGUUCUGGCGAUUGGCUUUCUUCUUGUUAUCCUCUCCGCUGCCCUAUUCCAUAACUUCCUCACUCUCCUCGUGGUCGCAACUUAUGUCCUUGCGCCGGUACCAAACUGGAUAGCGUCGAGAUGCGCGAAUCCAGAUGAUUUCAUCGAGAGCAAUUCAAAUGCUUGGAUUGAUCUAGGUCGUUUCGCAACCGGAUUCUUAGUGGUUAUGGGCAUUGCUCUGCCUGUCCUCCUCGCCCACACAGGACUCAUUCAGACCGAGGCCAUGAUCAUGUCCAUCAUUGGAGGGUUACUGAUAUACGGCACCAUUAUCAGCUUCAGCCGGUUCUUUAAGGAAGAGCAGGACUUCUGA